ACAAAAUAACCAAAAGGCUACACUUUUCUACAUUGGUUCUAAUGUUAUUAAUUAUCCAGCUGCCGCUAAACUUGCCUUCAAUGAUGGACAUCAAAUCUGUUCACACACUUGGUCACAUCCACCCAUGACAACAAUCAGUAAUGAACAAGUCGUUGCGGAAUUUUACUGGUCUCUCAGAGCCAUCAAAGAAGCCACCGGUGUCACACCCAAGUGCUGGCGUCCUCCACAGGGCAAUGUGGAUGAUCGUAUUCGUUCUAUCGCUUGGCAGAUGGGUAUGCAUACUGUUGGCUGGAACGAUGAUACCUUUGAUUGGGACAUGCCUGCACCUGGAGGUGGAGACCUCCCUCCUUCCGAGGUCGAUAAGAAGUUUAGCACUUGGAUCGCCGAAGAAAAUGCUGGUCAACUUUCCUCUGGUCUUUUGGUUCUUGAGCACGAAUUAAAUAGUGCCACUGUCAAUAUGUCAAUGCAUUGGUUGCCAGAUCUCCAAAAGUCAUUUAACGUUAUUCCUGCACUUGCAUGUAACAAUGUCACGCAGCCUUAUUGGGAACAGAAUUAUGUGUAUCCUCUUUCUAACAAACCUGCUGUGAAGAAGUAAGAAAGGGGUAAAAAAGAAGAUAUCAGGCAUA